AUGAUCUCUCAAAUUAUUGAUAAUGACAUUAUGAAAAAGAUCUGGCAAAUGCUUGAUAAUGAGACAUCUGACAAGCCAGAUUCAGAGCAGUCUCUACAACAUGCAGACCCACCAGAAAAUAAAACUCUUACAGAAAUUACAGAAGAUGAUUUAAAGAUAUCAGAUAGUCCACAUGAAUCUUUACAAGAUUCUGCCUCCCCUGUCAGAGUCCUAACACCCAGUACACCACCCACUGUUGAGCUUGAACAUAUGGACCUUGAUGAUUCACUCUUGAUAGAUCUUGACAGCUUGCUAUCUUCAGAUAAAACAGAUGACAAUGACAAGAAAAAUAAUCUCAAUUGA